AUGGGCAAUCUAGGUGACUUAUCGCCGGAGGGAAGUGUUGCGGUUGGUGUCAUCGUUGGCCUGAUCUCAACUAGCCUCCAGGCUAUCGGGCUGACACUUCAGCGCAAAUCGCAUUUACUCGAGGACGAGAAACACCCCUACGAUGUGCGCAGACCCCCCUACAAGCGCCGACGAUGGCAAGUAGGUAUGGGGAUGUUUGUGAUUUCCAAUAUUGUUGGAAGUACCAUUCAAAUUACCACACUUCCGCUACCAGUUCUCUCAACGCUCCAAGCGUCCGGGCUAGUGUUCAAUACUAUAUUUGCGACCCUCAUCCUCGGUGAACCCUUUACCCGAUAUUCCCUCGCAGGCACCGUUCUCGUCUGCGUCGGCGCGGUGCUGAUUGCGACCUUCGGCGCCAUCGGGGAACCCGCACAUACAUUAGAUCAACUCCUGGACCUCCUCCAGCGACGACCCUUUCUUAUGUGGAUGGGUGCCACCACCCUGCUGGUUGUUGUGGUACUUGUAGGCAUCAAAAUGCUGGAACACUUCGUGCCAUCCUCGCGCGUGAAACCCUCGGCCUCGGGUCACUUUUCGCCGCAUUUGCUACGACUGCAAAGCCGAAUGAGGUUAAUCCGGGGCAUGAGUUAUGGGUUUGUCAGCGGGAUUCUGUCAGCUCACUCCCUUUUACUAGCAAAGUCGGCAGUGGAGCUUCUCGUGCGCACAGUGGUGGACCGGGUGAACCAGUUCAAUCAUUGGCAAUCAUGGGUUAUCCUACUAGGGAUGAUCUUCCUAGCGCUCACACAGUUGUUCUACCUUCAUCGUGGGCUCAAGCUGUGUAGUACUAGUGUGCUAUAUCCUUUUGUGUUCUGCAUAUACAAUAUCAUUGCCAUCAUGGAUGGCCUGAUUUACUUCCGGCAAGUAUCUCAGCUGGCGGGCUUCCACGCGGGUCUAAUCGCUCUAGGAACAAUUGUUCUCCUGGGUGGUGUUUUGUGCCUGUCAUGGCGACUUGAGGAUAUCGACGCUCAUGCCGCUGUCACCACUGUGGGUUCUACCCAGACUGGACUUGGGCCGGGUAUGGCAAUCGUGGAGGAGCAAUCUCCGACAUCAUCUGGGUUGCUGGACGGCCAGGAUGAGGAAUCACAGAUUGGAGAAUGCGAACCACUUCUCAACCCGAAGACCCAUACUCGAUAUUUUUCAUAUCAGCGGGGAAGAGCUCCAAGUCUACCACUCGAUUUACCUUUUGAUAGUGACUCUGCCGAUCUGAACCCCGCAUCUAUUUGGGCUGAACUCGAUGAGUCGGACUAUGAGUCCACUGAUGGACACGGACGAUCAUCGGCAGAUCGCCCACGGAGCGUCAGUAGCAGCGCAACUAUAAACGGCCCCUUGCGGGGUCUGACACGACACUCCACGAUCAGCGCCAUCACACACAAUCGCGAAAGGGGAUCUCGUCGAGUCCAGGGAUCACUGCGUGAGAACCCAUGGCGUCGCACUUCAGCAGCCCAGAGUACGUUAUCCGCUGCCCAUCGUAAGCGUCCGGCGAUCGGAGGUCUCUUUACAUCGUCGUCUAACCAAGAAGUCGGUGGAUACGGAACCAUCCAAGAGGAUGGCGAUGAUAACCACUGGCAGGACGAAGUCUCCGCCCUUCAUUCGUCUGGCACCAGGUCUGGUCUUCUUUUGGGCUCAAGGAAGGCUCUGGCAGAUGCCUGGAUGUUUGGAAGACAUUAUCUCUCUCGAUGGAGCAGCCCGCAGGCGGGCAGUCAAGUUGAGAUUGACCCAGAAGAUGGCUCUUCCUCGCCCCUACUCCCGCACUCUUAA